AUGCCAGUGUGUUGGAGUCCUAAAGGAAAGCAGCUGGCUGUAGGCAAGCAGAAUGGCACAGUGGUCCAGUAUCUCCCUAACCUGCAGGAGAAGAAAACAAUUCCCUGUCCUCCAUUCUAUGAUUCAGAUAAUCCUGUCAAAGUCUUGGACGUGUUGUGGGUCAGCACUUAUGUCUUCAGUAUCGUAUAUGCGGCUGCGGAUGGGAUCUUGGAAGCUGCACCGGAAGUGGUGAUGGCUGUGCUUCCUAAAAAAGAAGAAAAGCGGCCUGAGCUGUUUGUGAAUUUUAUGGAGCCCUGUUAUGGCAGCUGUUCUGAGAGGCAACAUCACUACUUCCUUAACUACGUUGAAGAAUGGGAUCUGGUCCUUGCAGCAUCUGCUGCUUCCACAGAGGUCAGCAUCCUCGCAAGGCAAGGAGACAAGAACAACUGGGAGCUGUGGGUUCUGGAAGACUCCAGCCGAGCAGAACUUCCGGUCACAGAUAAGAGUGAUGACACUUUGCCUGUAGGCGUGGCGAUUGAUUACACCAGCAACAUGCCCAUAACCAUUAGUGAGGAUAAAACGACAGACCCAGCACCGGUCCUGCUGCUGCUGUCAACUGAUGGAGUCCUCUGCCCCUUUUACAUGGUUAAUCAAAACCCUGGUGUGAGGUCUUUGAUGGUGGUGCCGGAGCCUCUCUCUCCAGAAGGAGACAGAGGAGCAAAAUCAGCCGGCAGCACUCCCCCGUCAUCCGCUUCCGCUUCUGCUCCUCCAAAAGUCGAAGCUUCCUUGGCCGUUGUCCCAGCCACAUCUGCAGUUUCCAGCAAAGGGGCAGCCCCUUUGUCUUUCGCUUCCUUCACUCUGAAAUCCACCAGAUCUGCCGCUGAUGCCCCACCGCAGUAUCCUGGCAUAUCGGAGACCCCCAAGCCUCCCCUUGGUUCCAACCUGAGCGGAGCAGUCGGCUUCCCCUUCUCUCCGGCCACCAGCAUCUCCAAAGCACCUCCAGCUCCAUCUCUGCUGUCCAGCCCCCUUACAGCUUCUCCUCCCUCCUCUUUUGGUUCCGUGAGUUAUAAAGCGGGCGUGGACAGCUCAGCCGGAGCCCCUCCCUUCGCGAGUCCUGUUGGGCUAAAGCAAGGUUUUGCCUCGCCGCCUUCCUCCGUCAAAACUAACCUCACUGAAAAGUUCGCUGCUGCAGAAUCUUCUACACCGGCUGCCAAUAGUGGCCAAAACUCCAGUAUGUUCUCCUUUUCACCUGCUGCAAAGCCUGUACCUGCUGGGACUCAGGUUCAGCCCACUGUGCUGGGCACUCCUCCUGCAGCGCCGAUCAAGGCUUCCACCCCAGUCUCUUCAGCAGUGGUGCGUCCUUCUCAGAGUGCUCCUCCAGCUUCCAUGCUCCAGAAAACGGCCAAGAUUUCCUCAGCUGUUUCAAAAGCGAGCCCUUCCCAGGGCCGGCAGCAAACCACCCACUGCUGGGGUGGAGAAACAGACUCACCAAUUGCACAUUUCCAGAAGGAGAUGGAAGAGCUGAAAGGCAGGACAGCCAAAGCUGCCAUCGAAGUGGGCACCGAGGAAGAGGAGGAGAUGUUGAGGAUGGAGUCAAACGACCUUCACACUUUCCUUUUGGAGAUCAAAGAGACAACAGAGUCCCUUCAUGCAGACUUUAGCCUUCUGAAGACAAGCCUGCUGGAGGGGUUUGCAGGGCUGGAAGAAGCAAGACAGAAGGACAAGCGUGCUCACAACUCUGCGUAUCUUCAGCUGCUCUAUAAGAGGCCUUUGGACCCCAAAAGUGAAGCUCAACUUCAGAGCCCUGUCAAGUAG